AUGCCAGCCACUGAGUUUACGUUCCUUACUGUUGACGGCCACGGGCGUCCACUCGAACCCGGUAGCCGAGCCUCGAUUCGCAGUCGGUGCAUGAAGGGGGUUAAUGUACGCCAGGACUCGCGCCGAUCGAGAAGAAAGGCGCGCAAGGCAGCAGAGACAGUCGCCGCAACUGAAAGUGUCAGGAUGACUACCGAAUCCCCAGAGAUCACGUCUCCUUGCCAAUUAACAAGUUGCGGGUCCCUCACAAAGUCACUACAGGCCCGAACGAAUGAGCUUGGCUUUGACUCAUCUCGCUUGCCAUCAACUGCAUGGCGAUUAGUCGUCAAGUUCAACGCCCUACUCGACGCGGCAUACCCUCUUGAGACAUACCUCGAGAACAUAAACCUCCAAGAACACAAAAUGAUUGACAACUUGACAUUAUUGUACGAGAAUAAAACUCUACUAGAGUCGAUGUUCUUGGCUACAUAUGCCGUGGAUGAUUUAUGUUCUGGUACCAAGCUAUCCCUUCGAUCGCAGCGAAUACUCUGCACCGUCCUCUCGUCGUUGAACAGCAGUCUUCGCGAUGCUACAGGGCAACAAUCCUACUCCACGAUAUUUAUCAUCUUAAUUCUUCUCUUUGCAGCUGAGUCGUUCCGUGAUCUUGAUGCUGUUUCAACACACCUUGACGGACUGAGGAGGUUGUUGGAACUGCGCGAGACGAAGCCAGUGCCGUUGGACUCUAAACUACUGUUCAAGAUCCAGCAGGUCGAUCUUAGAAUGUCGUUGGCGACAGGUCGGCCAUUGUACUUUCCUUUCGACUAUUCAUACCGGAAACAGCCUGUUGGCGUCAUCAGACCUCCCAACAUCAUACCCUGGCUGAUGGUGCAUCCCGCAUUGAUGAGCUGCUAUCAGACAUUGCAAGCUUUGUCAAGCCAUGCGAACCAAUAUCAAUCAUCAAAGUCGAAAAGGAUUCUGAAUUGGUUGGACUUCCAGUCUCAGGUCAGCACGAGUCAAACCCUGUUGAUCGGUCUGGGAAACGACCAUCUCCCUGUCGUAUCCGAAGCCCUGCGGCUUGGCAUGCUUGCCUUCUUGUCGACACUCUCACGUAGCCCGGCACGGAAAUCUCACCUACCAAUAUUCGCCUCACAGCUUGAGGAGUGCUAUUUAGGCAUGCAAGAAGCACAGGAUUUCCACAUACCGUUGCUUAUUUGGCUGAUGUUGAUGGGAUGUAUCUCUACUAUCAACACAUCAAGCUGGAUAUCGUCAAUGUGGAGAUCUUCUGUUCCGCGAAACCUCUCUUGGGAGGCUGUGCGAAAAAUGGUUGGUGUUCUCCCGUGGAUUCAGAUGAUACACGACGAGCCUGGAAAACGAUUCCAUAGGCACCUACAAGCAUAA